AUGGCAUGGCUUCUGCUGGUUGACUGUUGUCGAACCGUUGUAAAAAUCGAGAGUUUGUAUUUGGUGAAAUCUAAAAUCGGCUCACCAGUGCCUAAUCUCUUUUCUUUUCUUUUCUUUUCUUUCUUUCUUUCUUUCUUUCUUUCUUUCUUUCAUGACUUGUGCCAUAAUGAUAAUGAUGCCUGUCAUACGACGGCGAAUGGUGAUGCCAGUCAUACGACGGCGAAUGGUGAUGCCAGUCAUACGACGGCGUAUAGUAAUGCCAGUCAUACAACAGUGUAUAGUAAUGCCAGUCAUACGACGGCGAAUGGUGAUGCCAGUCAUACGAUGGCGAAUGGUGAUGCCAGUCAUAAAACAGUAUAUAGUGAUGCCAGUCAUACAACAGUGUAUAGUGAUGCCAGUCAUACGACGGCGAAUGGUGAUGCCAGUCAUACGAUGGCGAAUGGUGAUGCCAGUCAUACGAUAGCGAAUGGUGAUGCCAGUCAUAAAACAGUAUAUAGUGAUGCCAGUCAUACGACGGCGUAUAGUAAUGCCAGUCAUACAACAGUGUAUAGUAAUGCCAGUUAUACGACGGCGAAUGGUGAUGCCAGUCAUACGACGGCGUAUGGUGAUGCCAGUUCACAUGUUGCUGUUUGUGUUGCUUCUUCCUCCAAACAUCCAUCUUUUUCAUUAGUUCUCAGUUCUUUCAUAAAAUUCUUUCUCCUUGAGCUGCAAAUCUCUUUUUUAAGUCCACAAUUUCCAACACAUGCAUGA